AUGUCGGAGAGCGACAACAGCAACGCCUCAGCACCAAGCUUCUCCGAGCGCGUCAUAGUCGCCCCGAGAUCAAGACCUGAUGGCAUCGACGGCCCGCCGAUAGAGGUCAGCAUCGACCUACAGGUGCUCGAGCCCCUCUACUGCAUGAGGCAAGAAGAAGCGGCGGAAAGACUCGGGGUCUGUCUGACCAGCCUCAAGUCUGCAUGCCGGAAGCUGGGAGUCAUGCGAUGGCCGUACAAGAAGGGAGGCCCCAGCUCGGCACGGUAUAACCAGGAUGUUACACGAGAAGGCGGCUCGGAAACAGCAAGUAGCAUCGGCGAGAGCCAGGGGGAAGCAGGUGUCGAGGAUAGUCCUGGUCCGUGUGCAAGGACUUGCAUCGACUCGAGAUGGCUCAGAUGGUACAUGAGCGCGACAGAUGACGAGUCCGUGAUCUAUCCGUACCACCAAAGGUAG